UUCGAAACAUGGGGUGCAAUUGCAUAUAAAAGGCUUCGUUCAUCAUUCUGGACAUCAUUCCCGCAACGACACACGACACACCACCAUUAUGAAGACCAUAGUACUAGUUUUGGUCGCACUUGCGGCCAUAGCUUCCGCCAAGAGCGAAGAGAACCCAGGCAGAUCUGCCCCCCGAAGUCGUCCCAACUACGACGACGUCACCUACUACAACUGCGCCGGGAAGCCGGACGGCAAUUAUCUCCACCCGUUCGAUUGUACCCGCUUCAUCACGUGUCACAAUGGCCGCACUGCUGAUAUGGCAUGUGGUGACUGCGACAUGAACAACGUUAACGGAUGUCAAGGCUCAAAAUACUUGGUGUACCUUCCAGCCAAAGAUUGGUGCGAGUGGCCGAAAGAUGCUGAUUGCCAUGCCUGGCCGACAGACGUGACGACAGACGUGCCGCCACCAGUAACGACUCCAAAACCAGAUGAACCAACUACACCAGAGAAUCCUGAUUCCACUGCGUCUCCUGCACCUUGCCGAACUUUAGUACCCGGCAAUGAGUGCAAUCCAUUCAAGGUGGAUUGCAAUCAAUGCGAUUGGUGCGCAAAUAGAACAUCCCACUAUUUCUUCUGUAAACAAGACCGAGACGAAAAUCCAUUUAAAAAUGUCACCGGGGUGUGGGUGAGCGGGACAUGUGCUGAAGGUUACCUGAUCGAUAGGACCAAACCACUCACAGGUAGCAGAGCUGGUGGACAAUGUACGAAGUGGGAUGAACUCGACGAUAAGGUGAAGGAAGAUUAUUUUCGUGAAAAGGAGUGUGACUUGGCUCCCGACGUUUGCGAGUAUACACAAAAGCCGGAAGAAAAGUGCACAAAAAAAUAUUCGUUUCAAAAAAGUAAGAACUCGGAAAUAGAGGAUGGGUAUUGCAGAGGAGUUGGCGAUGUCUUCGACCUCGCGACAGAAAACUGCAGACCUUGUUCUGACUUACCUGAUUGUACAAAUAGAGGAGACUGUACGAAAUAAGGUGUCAUGUUCUUUACAGUUUCGGAAAAAUAAAUAAAAUUGAUUAUCCAGAUGCAAACGAUUGUAA